GCACCCAGCUGCGGCGUCUAUCGAACCCAAUACGCGUCUGAGCUUCAGUUCCAACGCCCCGACCCCUUGACCAUCAUCGUCGAGAGGACCGGCUCCAAGCGGCGUGAAAGAGGGGGCCUUUAAGUCAUCGACUCUCAAAAGGUUGUGAUGGACAUUCCUCUGCCUGUUUGUAAAUUAGCUCUACAUUUGGUUAACCACGAUGACAAGGACAAGAAAUACGUAGUCCUAGUAUCAACUGGAAGUUUCAAUCCUCCUACCUAUAUGCAUUUACGGAUGAUGGAGCUGGCAAGAGAUACCCUGAAUUCAGAAGGCUUUUGUGUCGUUGGAGCUUAUAUUUCACCUGUCAAUGAUGCUUACAGCAAGAAGGGCCUUAUAUCUGCUGAACACCGUGUACAGUUAUGUCAUCUUGCCUGUAAGAGUUCAGAGUUUAUAAUGGUUGAUCAAUGGGAGGCAAGACAAAGUAGCUUCCAGCGCACCUUAACUGUUCUAUCUAGAGUCAAGGGUUUCAUAUCUGAGGCUGGGCUGAUACCAAGUGAUUCCCUUAAGUGCAUGCUUGUCUGUGGUUCUGAUCUACUCCACUCUUUUGGCAUUCCUGGAUUUUGGAUUCCUGAGCAGGUGAGGAGCAUAUGCAGAGAUUACGGUGUGGUUUGCAUUCACAGGGAUGGACAAGAUGUUGACAAGAUUAUAUCAAAUGACAAAAUUUUGACAGAGAACAAGGGUAACAUAAAAGUGGUGGAUGAACUUGUACCAAACCAAAUAAGUUCGACGAGAGUAAGGGAUUGCAUCUCAAGAGGAUUGUCAAUAAAAUAUCUGACUGCAGAUGAAGUAAUUGAUUACAUUAGAGAUCAUCAUCUGUACUUGAACACGAAUGACAAAUGACGGUAAUGUCUUCAUCAAAAGUAUGUUGUUACAUGUUUACGAGAUCAUUCUGUAGAAAGCAGAAACCAGUAAUUAAUUGAUCGAUACUGCACAUUGUUUUACCAACGGAGUAGAGACAUCUUAACCUUUCUGCACUACUUUAUAUUUCGUGUUCAUUCCUUUGUACUUCUACUUGGCAAACAAAACUGCAGUAGAACAGAAAAAUCCUUAUGUUGCAAAUGUGUCAAGUGUUGAGCGUCAAUAAAAAUCUCGAAACCAUUUUUACGUUCA